GUUGUUGACUGAGCUCGAAUCUCCUUCUUGGUGGCCAUUUAGCAGCAAGCUCUGGAAAGCACCAUUGGAAACGAAGCCAAAGGAAACUGCCACAGUUUCCGAUUCGAAGAACCAGGAAGGAAUCAUAAUUAGAAUUCCAGUUAUUAUCACCCACAGAACAGACUCAAAUGUCAAGCCAGGAAAACUCACGCUCUUUGCUUCUGGCCUGGAAAUCAGUGACUGUAAUUCUCAGGUCAUUCAUCGGUUUGAAUCAAAGGAUGUUGAUGAUAUCAGAGUUCAUACUCCAUAUGAAAUCAGCGUCCGGCAGAGAUUUAUUGGGAAGCCUGACACCUCUUACCGGCUCUUGUCAGCGAAGAUGCCAGAAGCAAUCCCCAUCUUGGAGAUGCAGUUUAGCAAGAAGAUACAGUUUUUAGAAGAUGCCUUAGGAUUUGUUGGUACCAGGAAAUCUCCUCAAGUAGAUUUGGGGACUUCCAUUUGGCAAGCAGCCACAGGACUCUUGGGAGGAGUGGUACAGCCCAGCUCUCCGGUGGGAAGCAGAGAAGGGAUGGACAAAGACCAGGUUCAGCUGCAGGAGCAAGAGAAGGUCUCCCAGGAAGAAGCAAAAGAACUUAAACAGGUAUAA